UGUUUUUUUGCACCAAAGGGAGGUGUUAGUUUGAUGGGCAGGAGCUCCCCAUUGGUCGACACGGACAAAAAUCACUACGCUACUUGGCCUGUCUUUUUUUCCAACUCCUUUUUGACCAAUUAAUCUCAGCCGUGCGAUCAAUUCCCACAUUAAUAAAUCUGUGGUGGUGGAGCAGGCGCCAGCGGAAUUUAUGUUGUGGCUAUUAUUAAAAGCCCCCUACUUUAUUGACUUGACCCGAUUUUGCCACGACCUGGCGACCUGUAUUAUUGCUUCCUUUCUUUUCUCCCGCAUAUGGGCUCGGCCCAUAAAUCAAGAGGCGGACUCAAUAAUGGGCCGAAGCUCGGUGUCGGCCCAUAAUACCUUUCUCCUCUUCCCUCUCUCUACGACUGAACCCGAGUCGUCUUGCAGAGAAACAGUUCGACAUUUCCCUAACAAUCGGAGAAAGACGGAAAAAUGGGUAGCCUAUCAAUCUGUCCGUUAACUCAGUUGGGAUACAGCAGUUGCCGUCUCCCUUCCAAUUGGACCAGAAAGUCCAUCGCAAUCCGCGCGGACGGCUCUCCGGCGAGCAAAGAUCAGCAGGAUCAGCUCAACGUAUCCGUUCUCCGCUUCACAUUCGGAAUUCCUGGGCUGGACGAGACCUACUUGCCGAGAUGGAUAGGCUACGGAUUCGGUUCACUUCUUCUAUUAAACCACUUCGUCGGCUCCGAUUCCUCUACUACCUCGGCGCAGCUGAGGACGGAGGGUUUGGGGCUUUCCUUGGCAGCUUUCUCCGUCGCGCUGCCUUACUUCGGCAGGUUUCUCAAGGGUGCCACUCGGGUGGACCAGGUUGCUCUUCCUGAAGGUACUCAGCAGAUUUUUGUCAUGUCGCCUACCAUUUCUGAAUCUGAGAAGGAGGAAUUUGCUUGGGGGAGUUAUGUUUUACUGCGCAAUACGAAUACGAUAGCUGUGUUGAUAUCAAUCCAAGGAGAAUUAUGUGUUCGUGGGUACUGGAAUGUGCCAUAUGACAACGGCACUGCAAAAGCUCCUAUCCUUGAUUGGUUCCAGAGACAGAUUGAGAAUAUUGGUUUGGGGGACUUGAAAGACGUCCUAUAUUUUCCCCAGGUGCCAGGAUCUGAACUCUGGGAGAUGCUGCCCAAUGGAACUCGGUCACUGCUGGUGGUGCCGGUGCUUCAAUCGAGAGAUGGAAGCGGCAUUGAGAUGAUAAAGAACAGAGGAUUUGUUAUAUUGGCUUCAAACAUGGAGUAUGCCUAUACUGAGAAAGACAGAGCUUGGAUAAAAGCAAUUGCGAACAAAUUUAGAGAUACAAACCUCUCCUGGUCCAGAGAAGUAAACUGUUGUGCUGGAAGGCUGACCUGGUAGUACCAUACUGUGCACCCUGGCCCCAUCUUCACCAAGAACUUGUCCCCUUGCCGAUGUAGGAUAAAAUGGAAUGGAGUUGUCUACUCAGCUUCCAUUGUGGUGAUUGCUGAUUGGUAUAAAAGCCUUUUAUUUUUAUCUUUACCAUCAGUUCCAGCUGGAAAUGUAAGCGAAAUGAGGUGUUCAGUACUUAACGUCACUGGUGUCUGUUUUGUUUUGGUGUUUUGAAGUUCAGCUUACCACAACAUCUGUUGCUAGAUCUUUCCCAGAUUGGAGAGGCUUUUUGGCAAUUUGGACCGCAUCUGCUGAUGGGGAGGUCCUGCAUGUGCGAGACAAAUUUACAUUAUUCACUCUUCUCGUACGAGGUCAGUACUCUUGAACGUUAUUCUGUCUUCUGGAGAAGGCUUGGAAGAGUUUUAUUCAUCGACAAGUUCUGCUGUAUUGUUUACUAGACUAGCAUGGCUGGUGUUGUUAGUGUUAAUUACUGAAAUCAUACUGUUUUUACAGUUGCAUCUGCUGCUGAUUCCCCGAUUUCAACAUUGUUGUAGUGGAAGGAAGCUGAAAUAGCUGCUCGUUGGAGGACAAUCGAUCGGAUUGAUAGAGGUGGUGCUACCAGACACCCCUGUAAGUUUGAGAACCACUACUUGAACUCCCAUAUAUAAAAUUUACUUCAAAAGAAAAGAGGUUUAAAUCCAAACACAAAACUUUAUAUUAAUUGCAGAAAGUACCAACCGCUAAAUAAAAUCUGAAACCUUUUCUCACCCUGUGCUCACCAUGCUGGCCUUGUCACAGAAUGCUAACAACGCCGCUACUGUGUCUACUUUAAUCCGGGGCAUAUACACCACACUUCUCAUCCCAAAUGCCGUCACCUGGUAUGGAAAAUUCGAACACAACUUACUCCUGGAAACACUUAAACGCGUACUCUGUAAUGGCAAAGUCUGAAAGCUCUCUCCUUUAAUUUCACAGUGCAGAGAAGUUGAUGGGAAAGAGUGCAAAAAACAACCUGCUUGACAUUAUCGUAAACCGUAUAAGGAUCAGUGAAGUCGACGACUACUCCCGUCUCUUUGGACUGCCAUAAUUUGCAGAAAGCUUCUCAUUAUCAGUUCCUCACUAGCAUUCCAGUCAUGGGUAUGAACGAGUGGACAGGCAAGGCAAUCAGCAUUUUACCUCCGAUAUGGAACCUAGAACAUCGUGAGAUCAUUUAUCACCGGUAUUUCCAGCGGUUCUUCCAUGUCGCAUAGCUAACCUCCAGAAACAACAAAGUGAAAAUUCUUGCCUCUAAUUCGUCUUGCCAUUGCCGAAGAAGAGAAAAAAGAAACAGCUAGGAAAACCUUUCAAAUAUCUUCUCUGACAAAAUGGUUGUCAACAGCACCUGCAACUUCCAGUCCUCUGGCUUUGGUAACUGUCAACACUGCCGCCCUCCCUAUCUCUUUUGCUGCUCCAUUUAUCACUACCUGUUAUUAUUAUUUUUUAAAAAUUGAAUGAAACACUAAAGUGGAAAAGGAAAGGUUCAUUUUUUUUCUUCUUCCUCCUGUUAAUAAUAACCAACCAUAUACCUUGAUGUUGCUCUGAGUAGGCUGAAUGGAGCAGGGGACAGAAGAAGAAGACCUGGCUUUGACAUUCUUGGAAACUCUAUGAAACGUGAACUGAAAAUGGCAGCUCAAGGAUUCCAUAGCUUCUUUUCGCCCUCCUUAAGCUGAAAAUAGGUACCCUUCCACUCUCUCUCAGUAGAGUAGCAUGUGCUCUUGUGGUUCAUUCUUGUUCGUGUUGGGAUAAUGUUAUCAUUAUUAUUCUUUUUAUCAUCUUCAUCAGUUUUUUCCUCUUCCCUUGCUUGUUGUGGAUAGGGGACCUUGUUGGGAGUGAAAUUGGAGGGACAGUGACUCAUGGAUGCCGGCAUGUGCAUAUGGGAGACAUGGGCGGCAAGUACCAGUUGGAUUCUGUUUUUUUCUUUUUCCGCUUCUUUUUUGCGCCCUACUAUUUCAUGAGUGUCAUUUUCUGGUGUCAAAUUCCUUGCUGUGCUGGCUGGAGUAAACAUCGAAGAAGAGAGAGGCACGUGAUUCCAUCCAGGCUUCAGUCCUUGCGUCGUCUCAUCACUGUUCAUUCCCUUCAGUGCCCGGAAAAACGCCAUCAAAUUCAAAGCUCCAUCGCUCUCCUGGGUCAUGCUAAUUCGAGCUAAUAAUUGAGAGAGCCCCUCAUCUGCUGACGAUGCAAAGAAAGGUGAGAUUUUGCUGCCCUUUAUCCUAAAUAUAGAAGAAUGAUUGAACCAGAAUUUGAAGUAACAACAACGAGGGAGGCGAUGAAUUAUGGGAGAAGACAGUGGAGUGACAGUUCAACAUUUUUGGCGACAGACAGAGAAUGAAUUGGCUGGGCACAGGCUUUCUCUUAUCGAGCCAUGGUGGGCUCUUCCGCCGGCUGGAAUUGAUGGAGACGGCAUUACAAGGUUAGAUAAACAAACUCCAUGAUUGUCUAGGAAGUAUUUGUCAUGAUUCACAGAGACAAUUGUUGGUUUUGGUUAAAAAGGGUCAAUUGUUGGUCCAUUCAUAGUAGUUUCUGGAGUGAGUGGGGGCAGUUUGUAAUUAACUGCGUUAAAACAUAUUAGAACGAGACAGCACAUUAAGGGGACCUAAUUGCAAUGAUGUGGAAAUGACAUUUUGGGGCCAAAAAAAGGCCAAUUGGGGUAGGGUUUGUUUCAUGAUAAUUAAUUAUUUGUGUGGUGCUGUCACUUUGAGUUGAGUCACAUAAUCUUACCAAUCCUAGCUAGCUAUGGAUUGCAACUCUUUGUGCUCUCAUUGGAUCUCCAUUCCAACAUGACAUUAUGCCUAAAUGAUUAUCUUUUUCUUGAUUAUCCUUUUGUUUGAAGGUGCAUUCUUUGUUUCUCAUUGUCCUAACCUCUGUUUCUCAUUAAUCAAACCAGGCUCAAAGACCUUCUGAACCAUCAUAGUAUAGCCACUACCGCCUACUGUAGCCUGGCAUUGUCACAAUACAAAAGAUUAUGCAUCCCAAUAUCAAGAUCAUAAUCCAAAAUUAGCAAGAAAAUCGGUUGCAUAGUUGACUUCAUGGUAGUAAAUGGCUGGUUUGGACUUCCUAUCUACCGUCGACGAGCUGUUUGAACCUUCGAGUUAGAUAAUAUUGAUUUCUAUCACUAUCUUAUCCGGACCACGAUGUAUCGGAUUUAGAACAUUUUUUUUUUUUUUGUAUUCUUCAUUGUUAUUAUCUUGAUAAUUUCAUGUUUAUUAGGGGAGAGAACAUAGAAUUGCUGUUUUUGUUCAUUGUUUAAGACAGUGUGUUUAGUUUUUUUUUAACCCUUAAUUGACAGGUGAACUAUACAGCUAGGGAACUCUAAUGGAGGAAAUAAUUUUGACUUUCGAGAUAGAGAGAGUUGGUGAAUGGUGAAUGGUGAAUGGUGAUGGUGUAAUACUAAUGUAGAAUUUUAUACUUUUUUUUUUUUUGAAGAAAUGUAGAAUUUUAGACACAGCAACAAAUAUACACGUCAAUCAUGU